UUUUGUAUUAUUUUUAAAGCCCGAGCUAUAUUGUACACCCCUAUAACCCUAGUUGGGCUGAUCUUGAUAUCCUGUCCGGAAGCUGGCGCUCCGAUUAUCAGGAAGUUUGGGCGGUGGUUGAGAAGGCCGUCAGUUUCUUUGGUUUCAGGUAAUAUCACAGCAGAGGCAAGAUGUCCAGCAAAAGUCGUGUGAAGGCAAAGACCGCGAGGAAGCGCCCUCAGCGUGCGACCUCCAACGUCUUUGCCAUGUUCGAUCAGUCACAGAUCCAGGAGUUCAAGGAAGCCUUUAACAUGAUCGAUCAGAACCGUGACGGCUUUGUGGACAAGGAAGAUCUGCAUGACAUGCUGGCCUCUCUGGGUAAGAACCCGACUGAAGCCUAUUUGGAGGAGAUGAUGACUGAGGCUCCUGGGCCUAUUAAUUUCACAAUGUUCCUCACUAUGUUUGGAGAGAAACUGAACGGCACUGACCCAGAAGAUGUAAUCCGUAACGCCUUCGCCUGCUUUGACGAAGAAGGAACCGGCUUUAUCCAGGAAGACUACCUGCGGGAGCUUCUGACCACAAUGGGUGACCGCUUCACAGAUGAGGAGGUCGACGAGCUCUUCAGGGAAGCCCCAAUCGACAAGAAGAACAACUUUAACUAUGUGGAGUUCACGCGUAUCCUCAAACACGGAGCCAGAGACAAGGACGACUAAAUACAGAAACCUCCACGCGUCUCUAGUCUUUCCUUUUAAUCUUCGUUCUCACUUAAAGGAGCUUUACCUAACGAUUCUGGAAAUAUUCUGAGAUAAAUGCCAACCUCAAAAAUCUGCCAGGCUGCUUUUUGUUUGUGUGUGAUUUAUUUAAAGGUAAACUUUAAGGGGGAAAACGUGUUUAGUUUAAGACAAAUCACGUGUUAAUGUAUAUCACCCUGUUUUUUGAACGUGUCCAGAUUUGGACUUGGCACAGUUGUUUGUUUUUGGGGUAUGAGGAAGUUUCACAGUGGGUUACUUUAAACAUAAUUAAUUCUGUUGUGUUUAUGCCUUUAUUAAUUAUAUUUGAUUAUAUCUAUGUAUUUUAGUCCCUAAUUGUUUAUCCCACUAAAGUGUACCUUUAAGUAAACACAACAAACACUUGAUGUAGAUGCAGCAGAACUGCACAUAACAGUCUUGGACCUUCUGGAGGUCUAGUUUCUCAGUGCUUUAACGUGGUAAAAUGUGAAGAGGUGGUGGGGUCCAUAAGCAUAUUUGCUGUUAUGUACCGAUCUAGCUAAAUUUUUACAUUUUAUAAUAAAUAUGAACUUUUUUUCAAUAAAUCACCUAAACUGAAACGUC